CCCACAGUGGUCCUCAUGUGGAUGCUGGCACUAGGUGGGAUUUUCCUGGCAGCCGCUAAGGCCUGUGUCUUCUGCCGCCUCCCAGCCCGCGACUUGUCAGGCCGCCUAGCUCGGCUCUGUAGCCAGGUAGAGGUCAAGCGGAAGGAAUGUGAGGCCAUCCCAGACUUCUCAGCCUUUGCCUUAGAUGAGGUGUCCAUGAACAAAGUCACAGAGAAGACUCACAGAGUCCUGAGGGUCAUGGAGAUCAAAAAGGCUUUCUCCUCACUCCCUUCAUAUUGGCAAUGGCUUCAAAAGACCAAGCUGCCUGAGUACACCAAGGAAGCUCUCUGUGCUCCCACUUGCCGGGGCAGCACCAUCCUGUACAACUGCUCCACCUGCGAGGGCACCGAGGUGUCCUGCUGGCCCCGAAAGCGCUGCUUCCCAGGAAGUCACGAUCUUUGGGAAGCCAGGAUCCUGCUCCUCUCUGUCUUCGGUACUGUCCUGCUUCUGGGUGUUCUGAGCCUCCAGGUGGAGUUCUGCUACCUCCAAGCAAAAAGUGACUUGUGAAGAUGCUGACAACCACCCAGCCUCCAGCUCUAAGGGGUGUGUACUCAACUUUCACACAUCCCUU